AUGAUGGACGAAGCAAGAAAUAUGGCAUUGCUUUUUUUCAUGGACCAUUUAAUGCAAAAGAAUGGUAGGCGCACAAUCCAUGAUCUCAGCUGCCAGUUCGGUGCGCGUGGUUUCACGGCAGAAAUGCGCAAUGCAGUUGGUACCACACAGGAAGGCCUCACCGAUUUUCUCUGUCAGCAUCCCUCGCUGUUUACCGUUGAAGGCGAUCAGGUUUGUUUAAAUGGAUUUGGCGAUAUGACAGUAAAGAAUAACCCCUUAUUGCAAGCGACUGCAAAUGCUAGGAAUCGUGAUUAUGUGAAGGAAGCGGUGCAAUUUUUUGAAGCAAAACUACAGAAGUUCGGGCCGGAGUUGCAGGAAUGUCUUAUUAAAAGUUUGCUCGGUCAUCGUUCGCAAGCAGCACCUGAAGUACGUUUGGUAUCGGGUAGGCAUUUGAAGGAUUUUUGCGAAUUUCUUCAGUCACAGAGUGAUCAUUUUGUGGUUGAAGGAGAUCGUGUUCGGCUGAAAAAUAUGCCGGAACCUAGUAAUGCUGGUGUUGAACUGGAUGAUGAAGGAAAACCCUUAGCUGGUGUUAAAGCCAAACAAGCAGCUGUUGAAUAUCUUAGAUCCGUUGUGGAACAGAAUGAUGAACAGCCGAUACCGAUGGAUGCUUUCUAUCAGAAGUUUUGUGAUCGUUUUUCCCAUACAGUUAGGCAAGAAGUGGCAACCAAUCCAAAGGAAUUAUUGCAGUUUUUGAAGCUUAACCGCAAUGUGUUUUUUAUACGAUCUAAUAAGGUUUCGCUUGUGAAAAAUCGAGCUUCAGAAGAUGGUUCUGAAAGUGGCUCCACUGAGAGUUCAGAACUUGAAAAUAAUAAUAGCCAUCUAAAUUAUAAUGCUGCCGAUCGAAUUAAGCUUGUGAAAGCUCUGAAACCUGCGCAGGAAUCAGUUUCAUUGGUAAAUGCUGAAAUUGAUAGUAUGGAAGAACGAGUUAUUGGUGUUGAUUUCAAAACUGUUACUCUUGGUGUACAAGGAGAAGAGUUUCUAUCUCUGGUCGUAUUGGCAACGACUAUGCAAAUCGUUGUUUUCGAUGUUGUUCAUAGCGACACCAUAUUAUUGGAAAGUGGUGUUAAGGAAAUUUUAGAAUCUGAAACAAUUAUUAAGGUAAUUCAUGAUGCUAAGAGAGUGGCCACUUUACUUGCUCAUCGUUAUGCCAUCAAUCUCAGAAAAAUCUUCGAUACUCAAGUAGCCCAUGCGAUAUUGCAAUAUGAGAAGUUUGGUAAGGCCGUUAGUGAUAUGUGCACAAUGUCUUUCGUAAAUCUUCGAAGGGUUUAUUACCCGCAGUCAAUUAUGAUGUCAGAUGUAACGCCUAGGAAGCUCACUCAUUUACCGAGUUGGGGUCUGAGGCCGAUAACGGAGGAUUUUCUAGUGACCGUGGUUGAGGAAGCACACUGUCUUGUUACAGUAUUGUAUCGUAUGAUCAGUGCUAUGCUACCGAAGCAUCUUCUGGCACUGUUUGAGGAGAAGUGUCUGAAAGCACUGAUACCUAAUGCAAAUCGCCCACCACCGGCAGUAUUUCAAGCCAACGGCGCGACGCCAUUUAGAUCAUUAAGAAGAGGAGUUAUAACACCGAUUGUCAACAGCAUCAUUGUUCCAAAUGCUUCUUCACCGCGACAUGUAAGCGAUGCUUCAACGCAGACAUUUUCCACAGGCGAAAUCAAUGUUCUUAACGUGUACUAUGAUAACUAA